UAGUAGCGCGUGUGGCUGCGGGCUGUGUAACGUGCAGGAUAGAUUGCAAAUGACGGAUCCUCUUGAAAAUGGACUAUUCGACCUGCCAGAUUAUGAGCAUACAGAAGAUGAGAAUUUCCCACCUUUGCCUCCACCGCAUUCGCCAGGAGCUGGUGACGAAGCAGAUGGAGACGACUGGACAGAGAAUGCUGGACAGACACAGAGAGACGAAGCCCCAAAACCUGCCAGACGUGUCGUUAAAAGACCACAACCUAAACUAGAUGGACAAAGGCUUGCCUCAAAGCGUGGAUUGCCAGCCUUGCGGCACAUGUUUGAUGGUGUUAAAUUUAAAGGGAAAGGCCAUGAGGCAGAAGACCUAAAGAUCCUGCUCAGACAGAUGGAGAACUGGGCACACAGGCUGUUCCCCAAGCUACAGUUUGAAGAUUUUUUGAACCGACUUGAAUCAAUGGGAAACAAAAAAGAAGUGCAGACUUGUUUAAAGAAGAUCCGCAUGGACCUCCCCAUUGUACAUGAAGAUUUUUUUAGUGAAGAAGUUGUAGUUCAGACAGAGGAUCACGACAUAGACAUGCCCUCUGAAGAAUUCUCUUUUCCCGAUGAGGUCCGUGUUCCUUCUCAGUCACAGCCUGUUAAGGUGGAUCUCAGUGAGGAGACUCUGCAGAGGAUUGAGAGGAAUAGACUAUUGGCUUUGGAGAGGAGGAUGGAGAAGAUGCAAGCCCAAGCAGAGAGUCAGACUCUGUCUCAGGCAACUCAGUCUGAUCCUGACGAAAUUCCUGAUGAUGCUUUUGAUGCUGAAAUGCUAGAUGCUGUUGAGAGCAUGGAGAUCAUCCCCACAUCACAGCAGUCUCCAGAUCCUGUGGAUAAAGACUUGUCCCUUGGACUACAUAGUCAGGACCUACAUGUGCAAGAAAUCAAGCAGUCCCCUGCACCAUGUUCUAAACCACAGGAUGAUCCCCUGCCAGAGAAGGCACUCAGUGUUGUUGAUUCUGAUCUCCCUUCAACCUCGGAGCCUACCUCACCAAGAAAGCCUCUUGCAGAACUGCCCAAUACUUCAGAUCCUGAUCCAAAUCCUUCACCAAGUGCCACAACUCCGAGCGAAGCCCUUGCUUAUGCAAACACUAAUGAAGAAGAGCAUUGAUCGUUAUAGAUCAUAAUUAUGCAGUUUUUGUUAUCCAAUAAACUUUUAUUUCAGCAUUGGA